CCCAAAAGUGGAGCCCAAACGAACGUGGGACGAACGGACGAAUGGCCUCAGUGUAUCGACGGACGCGAUGGAGUGCAGAGGUGUUCCCAUUCUUCCGACCUACGCCCAAGCCUGGUUCGUAUCGUGGUUUCCUCCCGACCCUCCCUGGCUUCAACUAAUCUUCAACCCUCUAAUCUGUCCCUUCCGUCCCAGUGGAGAUGUGGAUGUGUCGCCGCUGCCUCGCAAACGGUCCCUGUGCCACACGCUCUUCGCCUACCGGACGCUGAACGAUCCCGUCAUCAUUCUGAUCACCUUGGCCGUGGUCGUCGGCUCCUUCUGCCUGCUGAGCGGCUUCAUUUUGCUCUGCGUCGUCUCCAAGGCCUGGCAGGACGAGACCUCCGAGGCCAUACUGCUAAUGGGCAUUGGCUUCUUCAUCACAUCCCUGUCGUGUGUCUCGUGGAAGUUGACGAGAGCCCAGCGCCUCACCCAGAUCGUGGAGGCAAUCAACGAUCGUGAUCCGACGGAGGAGGCUUAAGUCGAGUGUUGAGUCUUAGUUAGGAGCCCAGCUAAUUGUCGAUUAAAUUAUUUCCAUUCACUAAGCAA